AUGCCGUUGACCCAGAAAACCAUUGGCUUGUCGGAGUUUCUGCGUCCGCCGCAAAACGCUCCGCUCUUUCAUCCAGUGAAGCUUCCAGGACGCCGGCCGUUCCCAGCUCCCAUAAAAAAGGUUCCAGCCUCCAGACCAGCUGUGCUGCCCCAGCAACACCCUCACCCGGUUAUCUUGCAGCAGCCUUCCCUAAUUGUGAGUCACUACAGGAAGCCAGUGCCGGGUCUGCUCAAGCCCUUCGUCAAGGAAAAGCCUUUUCCCUUGCAGCCCCUAGCGGCGUCUGUGCUUCUCCUGGGCCAGCCCACGGAGCUGGGAGGUAUAGAAGCGGGCCCCAAGCCGAAAAGUAAGCUAAAAAUUCCAGUACCCUAUAGCGAUCUGGAGCCCCAAGGGUCGAUAAAAAACAACGCCUUCCUAAACCACAAAGGCAAGGGGAAUCAUAUGUCAGGAGCAAGUCCUCCGCCAACUUCAAGCCCGGUAGCUGUCACUACAAGAGAACCACCAGAGCUGGUGAAACGUAUUCCCCUCAAAGAACCCUCUUUGGAGGAAAUUGCCAGCAUGAAACCAGCCGUAAAUCAUGGAUUCAAGCCCGACACCGUAAUCGUGGAAAGCGGCUUUCGUCCCAUUAUGCGGACUGAUGGUACUGGUGUCCAGUUGCCGAAGGAGAUAAUAGAUCAGGUAGCCCAUCGACGAGAAGAUCCCGGCACCGAAAUCGACGAGGUAAUGGAAACAGACACCCUCUUCCUGACUGCCCAAAAUGGCGGCGGUGAGACCCAGAGCUUCGAACCGAUGUUCAUCCCCUCUCCCUUGGACAGCACCAACGCCUCCAAGAUGUUGGAGAACUCCAAUGGCAAUAAGGUGAGUCCGACGGCUUCGGCUCUAAGGUUGCCAACGGCGGCGCUGGAGCACACCCUGCCCUCCGAUCCGCAGUUCAAAAAGCCCACACUGGAAGAACUUUUAGACGAUGAAUUUGAAGCAGAUCUUAAGGCUGAAGUAGCAUAUGAUCCUGAACGGGAGCGGUUAUCCGAUGAAAAGGUAGAGGACACGAACACAAACCACACUACGGACUCGACCAGCACAACACGCUCCCCGGACGCCGGGUUCUUGGCCGAUUUGUUUGGGCCUGACGCAGUCGAUGAGGAGCUGUACGUGGAUGAAAUGGAGCAGGAAGCUGACGAUCGCAUAGCGUCCGCAGCGGAACGCAUAGACACGUACUACCUACCGCCGGACAACCGGAAGAUUCCCCACGCCAGCCUUCCCAGCGGAGCUCUCUACACCUUCGACGGAAAGUCCGUAGUGGACAGCAGUCUCGUGUUACCUCCAAAGCUGGACGCUCCCAAUGUUCGACAGUCGUUUGGGAUAACCGCCUUGGAGCAGCUGGUGCGAACCACGCCGCAGUUCGGAGCGUAUAGGGGGGAGCUGCCGGAAGAGUUCCGAGCCACAGACCCACCACAAUCAGUGACAGACUUCUCCAGACCGGUGCCCUUCAGUAGAGGCCCUGUCAGCAGCACUACUGGGUUCCCUGGCACCUCUAUCUACCCGUAUUCCUCCACAGGGGCAGCCACAGACACAUCCCCAUCAUCAUUGUCGUCAUCGCCAUUGUCCUCGACAUCGCUGAGACCCAUUUCAACCAAAUUGCAUCUACUCAAAGCAAAUGGCAAUAGUGCCAAUGCGUAG